CGGUCAGCGAUUAUAGGCGCUAUAAAGAGCCCGAUUCGUUGGCAGACAGCGAGCAGUAGACGAUCCACACGUGAACGGCAACAUGCAACUCGGUCUCUGGUUUGGCAUCAUCGCCAUCGCCGCCGCGCCGCUGGUGAGCGCAAGUUAUGGUCCCGCUGGUGGACAGUACCUGUCCGGUCCGAAUGCCGGACUCGAGGAGUACGUGAAUGCGGCGACGGGCGGCAGCCAGCCGGCCGCCAAUCAGAUUGCCUCGCAGGCCGAGAUCCAGCCCUCGCCGGAGGAGGCGCGUCGUCUGGGUCGCGUCCAGGCCCAGCUGCAGGCUCUCAAUGCCGAUCCCAACUACCAGAAGCUGAAGAACUCCGAGGACAUCGCCGAAUCCCUGGCCGAGACCAAUCUGGCCAGCAACAUUCGCCAGGGCAAGAUCAAGGUGGUGUCGCCGCAGUUCGUUGACCAGCAUCUGUUCCGCUCCCUGCUGGUGCCGUCGGGCCACAACAACCACCAGGUGAUCGCCACCCAGCCCCUGCCGCCCAUCAUUGUCCACCAGCCCGGUGCUCCGCCAGCCCAUGUGAACAGCGGUCCGCCGACCGUGGUGCGCGGCAAUCCGGUGAUCUACAAGAUCAAGCCAUCGGUGAUCUACCAGCAGGAGGUGAUCAACAAGGUGCCCACUCCGCUGAGCCUCAAUCCCGUCUACGUGAAGGUCUACAAGCCGGGCAAGAAGAUCGAGGCUCCUCUGGCCCCGGUGGUCGCUCCCGUCUACAGCCAGCCGAGGGAGUACAGCCAGCCCCAGGGAUACGGAAGCUCCGGAGCUGCCGCCUCUGCCGCCGGUGCCGCCUCCGCCGCCGAUGGCAAUGGCUACGGCAACGAGGCCCCACUGUACAACAGCCCCGCCCCGUACGGUCAGCCCAGCUACUAGGGCGCUCAUCCUGGUCGGAAUGGGAAUGGGAAGGGGGUUCCUCCUCCGGUUCCUCCUCAGCUGCGACAGCUGGCUUAAUUUAAAUGUAUGCUUUUUUUUUCUUUGCCCGCCGCCGAGUGGCCGAAUAAAAAAUGGAAAAAUCUUAAAACGCAAA